AUGCACUCGUCACUAGAUGCCCAUGUUCCCCUGUGGCUAGAUUGUGACCCCGGUUGUUAUAUACAGGAUGCUUUUGCUAUUCUCCUUGCGGUCCAUCAUCCCUCCUUGGAUUUAUUGGGCAUCACCACAGUUCACGGCAAUGCUUCUUUGGAGAACACGACCAACAAUGCUACAAGGAUAUUGGAAGCCAUUGGGCGACCAGAUAUUCCGGUAUACCCGGGUCAUAGCAAGCCUUUCUGUAGGCCUGCAAUCCAUGCUCCGAAUAUCCACGGCGAUUCUGGUAUCGACGGCACUGAACUUCUCCCGAAGGCUACAAGGCCCCCAGUUACAGAUAAGAACCCGAUUCUGGCAAUGCGCGAUGCCCUUCUAGCACAACCAAAAGGGACUCCUUGGGUUGUAGCAACUGGAACCUUGACCAAUGUAGCAUUGCUCUUCGCGACAUUCCCUGAAGUGGCAGAGCACAUUCAAGGUCUGAGCAUCAUGGGUGGAGGAGUUGGUGGGGGCUUUACAGAUGCACCAAUGAGUCGACUCGAUGGCGAAGAGUCGAGAAUUGGGAAUGUUACACCUUUGGCAGAAUUCAACAUUUACUGUGAUCCUGAGGCAUCCCAGUCUAUCUUCAGUAACCCGGUUCUUGCAUGUAAGACAACUUUGAUCACACUUGACUUGACGCACCAAGUCCUCGCUUCGCGCACUGUGCAGAGCCGCGUCUUGCAUGGAGGCGACGACACCUCCGUGCCUCCAACAGUCCUCCGGCAGAUGCUAUUCGACCUUCUUGUGUUCUUUGCAUCGACUUACGAGAAUGUUUUUGGCUUGACCAGCGGGCCUCCCCUGCAUGAUCCUCUUGCAGUAGCGGUGAUCCUAUCUACUCUCAACCCGGUGUAUGCGAAACGGCAUCCGGGCCAAGUCUUGAAGUUCGAUGAUCGGAAUGGAGAACGGUUUAAUGUUAAUGUCGUCACCGAUGGUCUCCAUGGAACUGACGUCGAGCUAGUCGGCGAGCUGGGUCGAUCAAAGGUUUUUCCUGGCACUUGUGGAGUUGCUAUUCCUCGGGGAGUAGAUCUGGAUGCGUUUUGGGAUAUGAUUUUCGACUGCCUCAGACGGGCGGAUGAGUGCAAUGUGGCACGGAAGCUGGCGUGAUCUAUAGACGAUAGAAUUGGAUUACUUGGGCCUAGACUAUUUAUUGAUUUGAUAUAGACUAGCUACGUGAGCUUGCUUAGUUACUUAGAAACCUAAACACUUAUACUUAUUUGC